AUGCUUCAUCAUCUAGCAAAAUUUGCUUUUUUAUAUAAUACGUUUAAUAUCAUAGGCUGCAGCACUCUGGAAGAAUUGGCGACGGUCAUCAGAUCAUUGGGCCAGAAACCAACUGAAGAAGAGCUGCACGGUAUGAUAAGGGAAGUCGAUGUUAACAGGAACGGGAGCAUAGAAUUUGGAGAGUUUUUAUACCUAAUGGCUAAGAAAACGAAGGAGACCAAUGAUGAAGAGGAGUUGAAAGAAGCUUUCAAGGUUUUCGAUAAGGACCAAAAUGGGUUCAUAUCAGCUAGUGAGGUGAAUACUUCUUAUCCUUUUUAUUUCAGUUGAAAGAG